AUGUGGGCCAGUGACUAUCGGUUGGAGAUACCUCGCGGCGCUCCUUUCCUCGACUAUCAGGUGGAGUUGGCCGACCAGAUCCGACGGCGUAACAGCCUGCUAGUUCUUCCUCCGAGCGUUCCUUUUCAUCCCGUGGCAGCUCUGCUCGCCUUCAACUACCUCUCGUUUCCCGGCACCAAGCUCUUGUGGUUGAGCUGCUCAACGACCAACCUAAGAGCCGCGCUGCAAUAUCACAAGUCGCUGAUUCAGGGUCAUGCGAACUACGGCGUGUUGGGCGUCGAAGAGCUAGACACCGUCAAAGUAGGUGAGAGCGCCUUCGUCUUCGCAGAUGCGCGCUCCUUUGCCACGGACACGGCAGAUCGCUUGUACGACACCCUAGCUCCGAGUUACGGCAUUAGCUCACACUAUUUCACGAUCGGCAGAGCAUUGUUCGAGAACCUGGCGUGUGUUUUCUUCGACUUCACCGGCGAGGACGCUUGGCUCGACACUUAUCGCCCGGUCAUCAAGCACACACUCGGCAACAUUCCUGGAUGGAAGCGGCUCGCUCUGUCUUCAUCUCCGAGCACCACUACGAAGCAAGUUUCCGCUCUCGUGACGACGCUACCUCUUGAGCAGAUCGUGUGCCGGGCACUCGACGACCCGGACAUAGCGCGCCAUGCGCAGGCGAAGCACUCCUGGCAGGUCGCUCUUUCAGGAUCGACCGCUAGCGUCCUGCAAACAGCCGAAGAGAGCCAGCACUAUCUGCUCCAGGCAGCUCAGGCUCAGCAUCCCCAUGUCCGUCUUCCCUCGGGAGCGGUUACUCUGGCAUCGCUCAGGUGCAUCGAGCAAGGUCGAAACGGAGCGGCACAUACGCCCGCGGAAGUUGGCGCCUUCGCCGGAGAGCUGGAAAUGCUGGCAGGAGAAGUCGAGGCGGGUCUCCUGCUCGAACACCCAGGCUUUGGCAAGCUUUGUGGUCUGCUGCAGGAGGCAGCGCGUCCUCCACGCUCGUCGGGAAGGCCAUUCAGGGUGCGGCCAUUGUGGUGGUUGAUAAGCCUGAGAUCAUUCCUGCCAUGA